UCCACGCGUGGGUGGCGGCGGAUUGGGCGACCCCCUCGGUCAGCACUGGACCCACGAUUCCUCGGGUUCCGCUGGGCACCGGCAGCCCGAUCGCUGGAUCCACGGUGCGGGACGUGUUCGGUAGCGUGGAUCCGGUGUCCGUCUCCUAGAUGGUGCCGGGAGUCGUGGAGGCCCACGUGAGGUUGGAUGGGCAGCAUGGAUGACUGGCACAGAGCCUUCACCCAGAACACACUGGUCCCUCCCCACCCACAGAGAGCACGGCAGCUUGGGAAGGAGUCCACAGCAUUCCAGUGCAUCCUGAAGUGGCUUGACGGGCCACUCAUUAAGCAGGGAAUCCUAGACAUGCUGUCGGAGCUUGAAUGCCAUCUGCGAGUGACCCUCUUCGAUGUCACCUACAAACAUUUCUUUGGGAGGACGUGGAAAACCACAGUGAGGCCCACCAAUCAACCCUCUAAGCAGCCACCUAGGAUCACCUUCAAUGAGCCAUUGUACUUCCACACGACCUUGAGCCACCCCAGCAUCGUGGCUGUGGUAGAAGUGGUCACUGAAGGCAGGAAGAGGGACGGCACCCUGCAGCUGCUGUCCUGUGGGUUUGGAAUUCUUCGCAUCUUUGGCAAUAAGCCAGAAUCUCCCACCGCUGCAGCCCAGGACAAACGGUUGAGGCUGUAUCAUGGCACCCCGAGAGCCCUCCUGCACCCACUUCUCCAGGAUCCCAUAGAACAGAACAAGUUCAUGAGGCUGAUGGAGAACUGUAGCCUGCAGUACACCCUGAAGCCACACCCACCCCUGGAGCCUGCCUUCCACCUGCUCCCUGAGAACCUCCUGGUGUCUGGUUUCCAGCAGAUCCCUGGCCUCCUUCCGCCUCAUGGGGACACGGGUGAUGCCCUGCGGAAGCCUCGCUUCCAGAAGCCUACCACAUGGCACUUAGAUGACCUCUUCUUCACCCUGUACCCUUCCCUGGAGAAGUUUGAGGAGGAACUUGUGCAGCUGCUCAUCAGCGACCGGGAGGGGGUCGGCCUGCUGGACAGCGGCACCCUCGAGGUCCUGGAGCGGCGCCUGCACGUCUGCGUCCACAACGGGCUGGGCUUCGUGCAGAGGCCACAGGUGGUUGUGCUUGUGCCUGAGAUGGACGUGGCCUUGACCCGCUCGGCCAGCUUCAGCAGGAAAAUCAGUGCCUCUUCCAAGAACAGCUCUGGAAAUCAGGCUCUAGUUUUGAGAAGCCACCUGCGGCUCCCGGAGAUGGUCAGUCACCCAGCCUUCGCCAUCGUCUUCCAGCUGGAGUACGUGUUCAACAGCCCCUCGGGAGCGGAUGGCAGUGCCAGCUCGCCCACCUCAAUAUCCAGCGUGGCGUGCAUGCACAUGGUCCGAUGGGCUGUUUGGAACCCCGAUCUGGAAGCGGGCCCAGGAAAGGUGACGCUGCCUCUUCAGGGUGGGGUUCAGCACAACCCCUCACGCUGUCUGGUCUAUAAGGUGCCUUCAGCUAGCAUGAGCUCCGAGGAGGUAAAGCAGGUGGAGUCCGGAACCAUCCAGUUCCAGUUCUCUCUGAGCUCAGACAGCCCCACAGAGCAUGCCAACGGCCCCAGGGCGGGGCGUCGUUCCUUCCGGAAGAUGCCGGCAUCCCCUUCAGGCACACCAGCACUAGCUGCCCGGGAUCUUGCUGCAAUACAGGACUCUCCUGUGGGCCCAGGGCUCUCGCUCUCCCAGCUGACGGCUUCCCCGCUGUCCCCGGCUCUGCAAAGCUCUUCCAAGCCCCCUCCUCAGCUCCCAGACAGCUCUCAGUCCCCAGAGGGUCCCCAGCUCCAGGCCGAAUCUGUAUUAGAGAGUAGGGUCUCUCACCUGGAAGCCGACCUGAGCCAGCCGGCCUCGCUCCAGGGAACGCCUGCUGUCGAGCACCUACAGGAACUUCCCUUCACUCCUCUGCAUGCUCCCAUCGUCGUGGGAGCACAGACCAGGAGCUCUAGAAGCCAGCUCUCCAGAGCUGCAAUGGUGCUUCUGCAGUCUUCUGGCUUCCCCGAGAUCCUUGAUGCCAGCCAGCAGCCAGUGGAGGCCGUCAAUCCCAUAGACCCUGUGAGGUUCAACCCUCAGAAGGAAGAGUUGGACUGUCUUCGAGGGAAUGAGAUUGUGCUGCAGUUUCUUGCCUUCAGCAGAGCCGCCCAGGACUGCCCAGGAACGCCGUGGCCACAGACUGUGUAUCUCACCUUCCAGUUUUACCGUUUCCCACCCGAGACCACGCCACGCCUGCAGCUGGUCAAGCUGGAUGGGACGGGCAAGAGCGGCUCUGGCUCCCUGUCCCACAUCCUCGUCCCCAUUAAUAAAGAUGGCUCCUUUGAUGCUGGCUCCCCCGGCCUCCAGCUGAGGUACAUGGUGGAUCCCGAGUUCCUGAAGCCAGGAGAGCAGCGCUGGUUCGCCCACUACCUGGCUGCUCAGACGCUGCAGGUCGACGUCUGGGAUGGAGACUCCUUGCUCCUCAUUGGGUCUGCUGGCGUCCAGAUGAAGCACCUCCUCCGUCAAGGGCGGCCAGCUGUUCAGGUCUCACAUGAACUGGAGGUCGUGGCCACUGAAUACGAACAGGAAAUGAUGGCCGUGAGCGGCGAUGUGGCUGGCUUCGGCAGCGUCAAGCCCAUCGGAGUCCACACGGUAGUGAAGGGCCGCCUGCACCUGACCUUGGCCAACGUGGGUCACGCUUGUGAGCCGAGAGCAAGAGGUUCCAACUUGUUGCCGCCAUCCAGGUCUCGGGUCAUCUCAAAUGAUGGAGCCAGCUUCUUCUCUGGGGGAAGCCUCCUCAUACCCGGAGGCCCCAAGCAUAGACUCCCAGAGCUUGCUUAUGUGGGUGGCCCCAGCUCUGCCUGCUGUGCCCUGGAGCCGUGGCCUGGGGCCUGUGUCCUGAGAAGAGGAUGCCAGAACCCUGGCUCAGAAUUGGGAAAGCGUGUGGUACAGGCCCAGAAGCUGGCUGAUGUGGACAGCGAGCUGGCCGCCAUGCUGCUGACACACACUCGAGCUGGCCAGGGGCCCCAGGCUGCAGGCCAGGAGGCAGACGCUGUGCACAAGCGGAAGCUGGAGAGGAUGCGGCUGGUGCGCCUGCAGGAGGCUGGAGGGGACUCUGACAGUCGCAGGAUCAGCUUGCUGGCCCAACACAGCGUCCGUGCACAGCACUCACGGGACUUGCAGGUCAUUGAUGCCUACCGGGAACGUACCAAGGCCGAGAGCAUCGCCGGAGUGCUAAGCCAGGCCAUCACCACCCACCACACGCUGUACGCUACACUGGGCACCGCUGAGUUCUUCGAGUUUGCACUUAAAAACCCACACAACACUCAGCACACGGUGGCCAUCGAGAUCGACAGCCCUGAGCUCAGUAUCAUCCUGGACAGCCAGGAAUGGAGGUACUUCAAGGAGGCCACCGGCCUGCACACGCCCCUGGAGGAGGAUAUGUUCCACCUGCGUGGGAGCCUGGCACCCCAGCUCUACCUGCGACCCCGGGAGACUGCCCACAUCCCCCUCAAGUUCCAGAGCUUCUCCGUGGGCCCACUUGCUCCGACACAGGCCCCUGCUGAGGUGAUCACAGAGAAGGACGCAGAGUCUGGACCCCUUUGGAAGUGCAGCGCCAUGCCUACGAAACACGCCAAGGUCCUUUUCCGGGUGGAGACUGGCCAGCUCAUUGCUGUGCUCUGCCUGACCGUGGAGCCCCAGCCCCACGUGGUGGACCAGGUUUUCCGCUUCUACCACCCAGAGCUCACCUUCCUGAAGAAGGCCAUCCGCCUACCUCCCUGGCACACGCUUCCAGGUGCUCCUGUGGGGAUGCCUGGCGAGGAACCCCCAGUCCAUGUUCGAUGCAGUGACCCGAAUGUCAUCUGUGAGGCCCAGAACGUGGGCCCCGGUGAGCCGAGAGAUGUGUUCCUUAAGGUGGCCAGUGGUCCAAGCCCGGAGAUCAAAGACUUCUUUGUUGUCAUCUAUGCGGAUCGCUGGCUGGCGGUGCCCGUGCAGACAUGGCAGGUCUGCCUCCACUCCCUGCAGCGUGUGGAUGUUUCCUGUGUCGCAGGACAGCUGACCCGUCUGUCCCUCGUCCUGCGGGGGACACAGACCGUUAGGAAAGUGAGAGCUUUCACCUCCCACCCCCAGGAGCUGAAGACAGACCCUGCCGGUGUCUUUGUGUUGCCACCUCACGGGGUACAGGACCUGCAUGUGGGUGUGAGGCCAAGGAGGGCUGGCAGCCGCUUUGUCCAUCUCAACCUAGUGGACAUAGACUACCAUCAGCUGGUUGCGUCAUGGCUUGUGUGCCUCUCCUGCCGCCAGCCACUCAUCUCCAAGGCCUUCGAGAUCACCAUGGCAGCAGGGGAUGGGAAGGGCACCAACAAGCGCAUCACCUACACCAACCCCUAUCCCUCUCGGAGGACCUACCGCCUGCACAGUGACCGCCCCGAGCUGUUGCGCUUCAAGGAGGACUCCUUCCAGGUGGCGGGAGGAGAGACCUACACCAUCGGCCUGCGGUUCCUGCCAAGCGGCAGCGCCGGGCAGGAGGAGAUCCUGAUCUACAUCAACGACCACGAGGACAAGAAUGAGGAGACAUUCUGUGUGAAGGUCCUCUACCAGUGAGGGGACCGCUGUGAGGCCAGUGCCCCUCCCUGCAGACAUCCGUCGCUGUGACUCCAGGUGUGGCCUGCAUGGCCUGUGAGCUGGCUGAGUGCAGAGAGACAAAGGUGUCCCUGGGUAUACCAUGGUAUACCUCCGAGAGUGAUCCUCCACUCGAGAGUGAGUGAAUGUCACCUCCAGCUCACUCUGCCUGUGACACGCACAAGGCUGUGUUACACCCCUCGACUCUCAGGCUGUGACUGUCCAGAACAAACUGUUUUAUAAAUGGUUUCCAAUGACAAAAUUAUGUUUUUUACUAGAUUUUUAAAAAUGAACAUAAUAUAUUUUAAUUUGCCAUGUAUUUAUUAUACUGGGAUUCUUUUGUAUCUUUUUUUUUAAGUUAUUGAAUGAAGCACCACAUUUCUGC